GUGAGGAUUUUUUUUGUCUCUCCUUUGCAAACCUUCACCGCAGCUAGAAGCAGGAAGGAUUUGCAUGCAAAGCUUUCUCCGCCCGGCGUGCAGAAAUUGCAAUAAUUAUUAUUUAUUACGAAGAAAGCGGGCGGGGGAGAACAGAGCGGAAUUAAGGCGUUUCCUUCGCGUUCUCCCCCCCCCUCCCAAUCCCUUGCACGGGAGGCCGGAGCUGGAAGACGGACCCUGCGCUUGGCAGGAUCUGACCCGUUCGGAGCAGGAGGGAGUGCAUUGAUUCUUUUUGCUUUGGGCGCAGGGCUGGGUUCCCCCCCCCUCCCCUCUCGAGUCCUGCUUCCAUGCAAUCGUGGCUUUGAAGGAUCAUGGCCAGGGGGUUUCUCCCGAGGAGGGCCGGGCCGGGCCGGCGCUGGAUCCGGCGCAGCGGCUGGGCCGGCUCGCCUGACAUUAUGCCUUAAGGGCGCAUCGUGGGGGUGGGCGUGCGUGUGAUUCCCCCCGUUCUGCUUUUCUUUGGGGGGGGGGUCUCCUCGGAUUCAAGCCUCGGAAUUUUUCCAGUCUUGCCACAGAUUUGGGGGUGAUUUUUUUCUCCUAGCGACCCCGAUCCAGAUUCUCCGCCGGUGGGUCGCGCCCUUUCCCACGUCGAGAAACGGGGAUGUGGAUUGCCUUCGGUCGCCGCGCGUAAAGGGAUUUGGUGCAGAAUCCCCUUCGGGAAGGCCGGAUCCGCCCUUUCGCCGCUCGCUCCUCAUGCACCCGGAGAGCAAGAGGCGCGGAGGCGGCGCGGCCCCGGGGCUCUUGGCCUCUUAGCCGCCGGACUCCGGAGUUGGAGAAUAAUCGGCCCGGAUUUUUCCUGUCUCUCCUCCUCCUCUUCCUGGGCGAAGACGCAACGGCCAUGGCCGCGAAGGAGAACCCUUGCAGGAAAUUCCAAGCCAACAUUUUCAACAAAAGCAAAUGCCAGAAUUGCUUCAAGCCGCGAGAAUCUCAUUUAUUGAACGAUGAAGAUUUAAACCAGGCCAAGCCCAUUUAUGGUGGAUGGCUCCUGCUGGCACCCGAAGGCACCGAUUUCGACAACCCUGUGCAUCGCUCUCGGAAAUGGCAGCGCCGAUUUUUCAUCCUGUAUGAGCAUGGCCUCCUCCGCUAUGCCCUGGACGAGAUGCCCACCACCCUGCCGCAGGGCACCAUCAACAUGAACCAGUGCAUGGAUGUUGUGGACGGGGAGAGUCGAACGGGGCAGAAGUUCUCUCUCUGCAUCUUGACCCCAGAAAAAGAGCACUUCAUCCGCGCUGAGAACAAGGAGAUCAUCAGUGGGUGGCUGGAGAUGUUGGUUGUUUAUCCGAGGACGAACAAGCAGAAUCAGAAGAAGAAGAGGAAAGUAGAGCCACCGACUCCACAGGAACCCGGUCCGGCAAAGAUGGCUGUGACCAGCAGCAACAUCCCCAGUGCUGAGAAAGUCCCAACCACCAAGUCAACCCUCUGGCAGGAAGAAAUGAGGGUUAAAGACCAACCAGAUGGGAAUGGGGCAGUAAGCAUGGCCUCAGGCCCUGUACAAGGCCAGGCAUCCUCUGCCUGUUCCCUGAAGGAGCCGACACUGGACAGCAAAGAAGAUGAGAGCACGAUGAAUGGCGAUCGAGGCGACUGUGGGCGGAAGGCACGCGUGGAGAGUGGCUAUUUUUCCCUAGAGAAAACCAAGCAAGACGCCAAAGCAGAAGAGCAGCAGUUGCCGACCCCACCGUCCCCGCCUAGCCCGAGCACCCCAAACAACAGGUAUAGUGGCCCCACGUCUCCCUCCCAGGAGGGAAUCUGCCCGUUUCCUUCCCCAGGUACCCAGCCAGGCAGUCGAAUGGUUUACAGCUUCUCCCUCAACGCCCUGGACUCGAAAAGCAGCUACCCUGCCACGCACAAGGACUCCGUUAGCCAAGACGGGGCCAGGGGUGCUGAGAGGCUGGGCCGUCCGCUUGCCUUUAAAGCCAGCCGGCAGUAUGCCACACUGGCCGACGUCCCCAAGGCCAUUAGGAUCAGUAACCGGGAAGCCUUCCAAGCAGAGCGGAAACGGCUGGAGCGGAGGGUGCGGGCCCGCAGCCCCGGAAGGGAAGAGGUGGCUCGGCUUUUCGGCAAUGAACGGAGAAGAUCCCAGGUGAUUGAAAAAUUUGAGGCCUUGGAUAUAGAGAAUGCCGAGCACAUGGAGACCAACGCAUCCAGCGGGCCCGCUCUCUCCAGCGAGACUCGCCAGGGCAGGAGUGAGAAGAGGGUUUUCCCCAGGAAGCGGGACUUUGGUGCUGAAUCAGUGACAGGCUCCAUCCUAGAUAUGUCUACUUCUCCUCUGUCCCCUCACCGCCGAGCCAAGUCGCUAGACAGGCGAUCUACCGAAUCUUCUAUGACGCCUGAUUUGCUGAACUUCAAAAAAGGAUGGUUGACCAAGCAGUACAAAGACGGGCAGUGGAAGAAGCACUGGUUUGUGUUGACGGAUCAAAGCCUGAGAUACUACCGGGACUCAGUGGCAGAGGAGGCAGCUGAUCUGGAUGGAGAAAUAGACUUGUCGACGUGCUUCGACGUGACAGAAUAUCCUGUCCAGAGGAACUAUGGUUUCCAGAUCCAUACUAAAGAAGGAGAGUUCACCCUCUCUGCCAUGACUUCUGGGAUUCGCCGGAAUUGGAUCCAGACUAUUAUGAAGCAUGUGCGCCCCACCACUGCUCCAGACGUGACCAGCUCCUUGCCAGAGGAGAAAAGCAAGACAAGCUCAUCUUUUGAUGCCUGUCCCAAGCCGAGCGAGAAGCAGGACUCUGAGCAGUCUGAAAUAGAUCCUGAGCACAAGCGCAGCCGUGCCCGGGAGCGCAGGCGAGAGGGCCGCUCCAAGACCUUUGACUGGGCUGAAUUCCGUCCCAUCCAGCAGGCCCUGGCACAAGAGCGGGGAAGCGCAGCAGAGAUGUCCAAAGGCGGGGCUCCUCCUUUCCCUAUGGAGCCCAGUCCCUCCGACACGGACCCUGGGGAGCUUGAAAGAGAACGGGCUCGGCGGAGAGAGGAGCGCCGCAAGCGCUUUGAGAGCCUGGAUGUGGCUGAUGGGGGAGGCCCGGAGGACUUCUCCAGAAUGGAGGUAGACAGAGUCCCGGGCUUGCCCAUCACAUCGGAAAUCAAGCCGCAGAAUGUCCAUGUGGAGAUCGAGCAGCGGUGGCACCAGGUGGAGACAACCCCUUUGCGUGAAGAGAAGCAAGUUCCCAUCGCCCCUUUACAACUUGCGCAUUCCGAGGAUGACAGUGAGAUGCUUCAGAAACAGCAUUUCACCACGCUUCUGGAGAAGGAGCUGGAGCAGAGCCAAAAGGCUGCCUCUGAGCUGCUGGAACAGAACCGGAUCCUGCAAGACCAGCUGAAAGUGGCAUUGGGCCGUGAGCAGAGUGCCAGGGAAGGCUACGUCUUGCAGACUGAGGUGGCCACAGCCCCAUCGGGGGCCUGGCAGAGGCUCCACAAAGUCAAUCAAGACCUCCAAAGCGAGCUGGAAGCCCAGUGUCAGCGCCAGGAACUGAUCAAUCAGCAGAUCCAGUCCCUGAAGCGUAGCUACGGGGAAGCAAAAGAUGUGAUCCGGCACCAUGAAGCAGAAAUCCAGAGCCUGCAAGCUAGGCUUGGCAAUGCUGCCGCAGAGCUCUCCAUCAAAGAGCAAACACUGGCCAAACUGAAGAACGACCUGAAGGCUGAGAAGGAGAAAGCACAGGAGCAGAUGGAGGAAUGGCUGCACAGCGAGAUGGCACUGAGCUCGCAGCUGAAGGCCAGCGAACAGAAGCUAAAGAAGGUAGAAGCGCUGCUCCUAGAGAAGACCCAGGAGCUGAGGGAUCUGGAGACGCAGCAGGCCCUGCAAAGGGACUACCAGAAAGAAGUCCAGCGGCUCCAGGAUAGGAUUGCUGACGUGAGCCGGCAGCUCAGCGCCAGUGAGCAGUCCCGGAUGCUCAUGGAAGAGAAGCUGCAGAGGAACUAUGAGGCUUUGCUGGAAAGUUGUGAAAGGGAAAAGCAGGUGUUGAUCCAGAGCCUGAAGGAAGCAGAGGACAGAGCCAGUGAAUACGAGAACCAGCUUCAGAAUACUGAGCAGCAGAUGGAGAUCCUGCAGAAAGAGAAGCUGACGGCCAAAUUUGAAGGCAGCGAGAUCGUCCACCAGCUGGAGGAACAGCUGGAGAUGAAGGAAGACAGCAUCCAAAAGCUUGCUGAGCACAUCAAGAGCCUAGAAGAGGAAAGGGAUCAGAUUAAGUGCAGGUUCCAGGAACUAAUGGACCAGGUUGCCAAGUCGGAUAAUGAGGUUGCCAGGCUGCAAGCCAAACUGCGCAUGGAGGAGAGCAAUUACCAUACUUUGGAGCGUUCUUAUGAGGAGGUGUCGGACCACUUUGAGAACUUGCAGAAGGUCCUGAAGGAGAAGGAGGAAGAGUUGAAAGCUGUAAGGGAGAUUCACCUCAAAAUCGUUGAAAAGGAUCAAGACGUAGGUGAAUCUUUGCUGAAAACAACUGCCGGCAGCCCCAAGGGAAUGGAAGGAAAUGGACAGGCCAAAGAAGAUGCAUUGAAAAUGGUGGCCGACAAAUGCAUGGUGACCCAUGCUAUUCAAGAAGCAGUCGAUGCUUGCACCGUGCCGCAGGUUGAUGUUAGUCAAGUAGCACAACACCCACAGGUUCCAGAAGGAAUGCCCAUUUUAGAAUGCAUGCCUGUAGAUGAGGAAGGCCCCAGCACCACUCAGAGACAGAUACGUGAACAGGCAGCAGCAGAAGAAUACAGGUCUCCCUCAAAGCCUGCAUACCUUCAAGAGAGAGAGACAUGUCAGAAGGAUAUGACAAAACUAGACACUGAAAUUCCAGGAGCUAAACGGCAAAGAAUACGUUUCUCCAGCAUCCAGUGCCAAAAAUAUGUCCACUCAGAUGGCUCAGAAAGAACAUGGGCCAGCAGUACUUCCUCGGACACCAGCCAGGACCGCUCGCUUUCUGAAGAUAGUAUAUCGUCAGAACCGGCUCCCUGUUACCCAGUCUCAGGCGAUUCGGAGACUUACCUGUCUAUCAUCCAUUCCCUGGAAACCAAGCUUUACAUCACAGAGGAAAAGCUCAAAGAUGUGACGAUGAAACUUGAAAGCCAGCAAGGUCACAAUCAAGACACCCUCAUAGCACUUCAUCACCAGUGGGCCAGCACAGAAGCCCAACUUAAGGAACAGCUUCAGAGCAGUUUGACUCAAGUCAGCCUGUUGGUCUCGCAGCUGGAAAAUGAGAAGCAAGGAAAACUCAAGCUAAUAGCAGAUCAUGUCAGAGAGCUCGGAGGAUUCCAGGGGAGAAACAACCAAGCCUUAAUGUGCUUAAAACAGUGCGGAGAACAGCUAAGAACUCUGCCCAGGUCUGACCAGGAAAGAGGGGGAGAGAUGUUUUUAGAUGGUCUAUCCAGUAUGGAGGUGACAUUAUCUAAUGCAAUCCAGGCCUUACAGGGGACGCUGUCUUUACCUGAUCUCCAGCAAAGAGGAAGUCCUCCACCUCAAACUUUACAUAGAGAAGACAAUUCACCAGACAAAGAUAAACCUUCCCCCUGGCAACAGCAAGUGGAGUUUUCUGAACAAGACCAACUAAGGUUGCUUUCCAAGAGGGUGGCAUUUGAAGCUUGCCUGAUAAACCAGAUAGCAGAGUCUCUGAGAAACUCCACUUCUGAGAUUUCCCUGGCCCUUAGAGAGAUCUGUGGAACGGUGGAUGCCGUCCUGUUAGAGCCUUCCAAUGUUUCGCAUACAGCAGUCGCUUUGGCCAAUAUCCUAUCCAAAAAAUUAGUAUUGGAGGAUGAAUUUUGGAGCCAGGUGGAAGAGUUAAGAAAGCACCUGAAUGACAAGGAAGAAGAAGAAAAGAUGGAAGCAGAAAGCUCAGACUCCCCCCAAGGCCUGGUUUGCUCCAUUGCGGGCAGCAUGCUCAUUAAAGCCGAGCUUGGUUUCGUUGCCCAGAAAAUGCGGGACUCCUUCCAUCAGAGGCUGAAGGCCAUUGAAGAGGAUCUCCACAACACCAAAACAGCCCUUCAGCAACACAAGUGCAUGUUGGAGGAAAUCAUUAAAGCCUAUCAGACACCUCAGUUUGAAGGGGUUAUGCACCAGAUUUCCAAAGCCCUCGAAAUCCAAGAGGGUGCUUCGGAAAGUAGACAAGCGCCUUGGGAUUUGAGCAUUCAGGAGCACAAGACAAAAGAACACAGCUUACAAGGUUUUAGCGGCCAAGCUUUGGCAGCUGCUCAAGGAGAGCUUUCUGAGCAGCUAAAAGAUAGAGCGAGUGUCUUGGAAGAAAUAGCGGCUGCUUUGUUAUCUCUGUCCCCUGAGGAGGCCCUGAAAGAUUGCCAGAAGCUCCUAAAAGUGACUUCCAGCCCUCCAUAUCUGUCUUGUAUGGGGGAUCUUGAACGUUACUCUUCCCUGCUAGUACAGGACGCAAUUAUCCAGGCCCAGGUUUGUUAUGGGGCCUACAGAGCUAGGCUGGAGUAUGAAAAGGAGGCAACGCUGUACAAACAGUCACUGCAGAACAUGGAUGCUCUGUGCCAGGAGCGGAUCAGGGCUGUGGCCGUCCUGAGAGAGGAGUAUGAAGAUUUGCUCCGUAAGCAACAAAACGAAUACUCUGAGAUGAUCGCUGUGCUCGAAACGGAAAAUGUGGACCUGAAAGCCAAAGUAGCCCAGCUGGAGAAUCAGCGGAAGCUCCUGGAAGAGGAAGAACGCCAGCAGAGCAGGAAGAUGUCGGAGCUGCAGGGCAAGUAUGAGGAGGAGAUCCAAAAUGUGGUUGAGCAGCUGAACAGAACAGAGGACACCCUGAAGGCUGAGAGAACCAAAGGGAUCCACCAACUGGAUGCUAUUGUACGAGACAAGCAGAACUUGGAGAAGUACCACUUGGAGCAGAUCCAGACUUUGGAGGACAAGUUCCAGGUCAAGAUGAAAGAGUUGCAAGUCAUUCACAACGAGGAGCUACAAACAUUGCGAGAUCACUACAACCAGAAUCUGCAGGGCUUGCAGGAAUCUCUGGAGGAGUACCGGAAUCAGCACCCAGAGAUGUUGCCCACAGACGCACCUGAAGCCAGCCUGCAUGAAGCAUGUGCUGAGGCUCAGCAGGAAGGUGGGCCACAGGGCUCAGAGGGCGAGCUGAGCUCCAUGCAUGGGUUGCGAGAGCGCAUACAAGAGUUGGAAGCCCAAAUGGAUGUCAUGAGAGAUGAGCUGGAACACAAGCACCUGGAAGGGAGCGCGUCAACCCUGCGAGAGAAAUACCAGAAGGACUUUGAGAAUCUUAAGGCAACUUGUGAGCGAGGGUUUGCAGCCAUGGAAGAGACUCACCAGAAAAAGAUUGAAGAUUUGCAAAGGCAACAUCAGAGGGAACUGGAGAAGCUACGGGAGGAGAAAGAUCGUUUGCUGGCAGAAGAAACUGCUGCAACUAUCUCAGCCAUAGAAGCCAUGAAGAAUGCCCACCGGGAAGAGCUUGAGCGCGAGCUGGAAAAGACCCAGCGGUCCCAGAUCAGCAGCAACAACUCCGAUGUCGAGGCCCUCCGGAGGCAGUACCUGGAAGAGCUGCAAUCUGUCCAGCGUGAACUUGAGGUCCUUUCGGAGCAGUACUCUCAAAAGUGCUUGGAGAACGCUCACUUGGCACAGGCCCUGGAGGCGGAGAGGCAGGCCCUCCGUCAGUGCCAACGCGAAAAUCAGGAGCUCAAUGCCCACAACCAGGAGCUGAACAACCGCCUGGCUGCAGAGAUCACACGGCUGCGGACGCUGCUGACCGGAGAGGGUGGGGUAGAGACUGCUGGCUCACCUCUCACCCAAGGCAAGGAUGCCUAUGAGCUGGAGGUCCUGCUACGAGUCAAGGAAUCUGAAAUCCAGUACUUGAAGCAAGAGAUAUGUUCCUUGAAAGAUGAAUUGCAAACAGCAUUGAGGGAUAAGAAAUAUGCCAGUGAUAAGUAUAAAGAUAUCUACACUGAACUCAGCAUCGUGAAAGCCAAGGCCGACUGUGACAUCAGCAGGUUGAAGGAACAGCUCAAAGCAGCCACAGAGGCCCUUGGGGAGAAGUCCCCAGAGAACACCUCGGUGUCUGGAUACGAUAUCAUGAAAUCUAAAAGUAAUCCUGAUUUCUUGAAGAAAGACAGGACCAACGUUGGCCGGCAGUUAAGAAAUAUAAGGUCAAAGAGUCUGAAGGAAGGCCUAACGGUGCAAGAGCGCCUCAAGCUCUUUGAAUCCAAGGACUUGAAGAAAGACUAGUUCUCCUUCGUUGACCACGUGCACCUUCUCGCUUGCAGCAUCACAACACGAGCACACUUCGAUUUUGUUGUUCCUUAGAAUCCUCAUCGCUGUUCUUAUAUAGAUGUGAAAACUGCUACGGCAGUUCUUUGGCCUGUCAGAUGGACUCACCAAUAGCAUUGCCCUGACAUAUAAAAGUUGAGUCUUUGCAAGAGAGGUGGGCAAGACUGGGAAUGCACCCUCCUUCUGGCUCCUCAAGUGGAGGCCCUUCCUACUGUAUAAUCCAUUACACUAAGUGUCAGUAUUAAGGCUUGAUAGCCUGUUGAUAAGCUAGCUCUGUUAUACCAAAUGGUUUGGUAUGCAACAGGGUCCUGAGGGGGUGGGAAGGAGGGGUGCAACCACACUGUGUUUUAACUCUGCCACUGUUGACAGUAACCCAGCACUUACAUGCAUGCUUUGAGCCAAAUUGUGCACCUCUUAAACAAAACUUGCAAGUCUGUUCUUGGCACGGUGAGCCCCCUUAGAUUUCUGCCUGGAUUGCAGCACUGACAAGUUUACAGGAGGAGCGGAUUUGGCCUUAUCUUGUCUGUGUUGUCAAAUUACAGUUUUAUUUAUCUAAUAUAGGUUAGAACCCGAGAAACUUUUAAUGAGUUUCUUUGCAGUCAGAUAGUGGUGUUGGAAGGACCCCCCCUUUCCCAAGUUUUCUCUUCUCCCUACUGCUCCUAAAGGAGUCCAUUUUAGGCUGGCUUCCACCUUUCAGUCAGUAAGAAUUGUAAAUAGCAGGACACUUGGCAAAGAGCGAGCUUUUGCCAAGCUAAUAAGGGGUGAUUAGACAGUACAACUGAGGUCACAGCAAGAAAAAAGGCUUAGAAUUUUAACAGGUUUUAAAGAGGUAAGAGUUGUCUGUAUGUGGCUAUACGAUAUCUGGUUGUUCAGUUGUAAGAUGGCAGUGGAAAGGCAAGUCACAAAACAAGCUUACUGAAAUGGUAGUAUUUGAGUGGCAGGCAAAAAAAAAACCCAGGAAGCUUCUGUUAUUGCUUGAUCCCAUUAUUAAUUUCCAAAAAAAGCAAUCCAGUGUCCUAUUCAGAGUUCUUUUUCUUUAUAUCAGGCCCCCAGAUUGAGGAAUACAUUGUUUGAAGUAUUGCGUUUCCUGAUUCCAGUGAUCUUUCUGAGGACUAUGCAUUAUUCUUGGAUAACAUGCAGUUAAUGAAACAACUUUGAUAUCUGCAAGGCUGUAAGAGAAAGGUAGUUGUGGUAUUUUGCCUUAUUACUGCACACAUUUCAGUACCCUUCAGAAUCAGAGGUGGAAUUUUACUCUGCAAUUUAGGAUCAUAAACAUUGGAUUUUGGGGUAGACAUAAUUCUGCAGUAUCUUUUGAGAAAUUGGGCAGGCCUCCAAGUUCAUCUAGCGCUUAACUAGACAGGCAGUUUCAGGGAGAGUAAAUCUAUCUGCUGUCAAUUGAAAACUGUUGGAUUUGUGCUGCUAUAGGCAUUUGAACAAACGAGCACUUUUGUAUUUACAGCUAUAGAAUACAGUUCUUACAAGAGCAGCUGCUGUCUUAAAACAUGACUUUCUCCAUAGCAGAACAUUGGCCUUUCUUGGUUUGUGUCUUGGACGUUGAUAUCAGGUAUAAAAAGAAAAGGGUGGCUUAGCUUUCCACUCAGUGCCUCUCACUACUACUCACCUCAGGUGCCAGAGAACUAAAGGGAAGCAUACUGAAAUAAUCUUGCCACCACCUGAUGUGGUUUCAGGAGAAAAGUUAUGUGGCAACCAUGAAACGGUGGUGGGUUUUGUUUUGCUGUCUUUGACAUUUAACUGGCUGCAUGAAAUUCUUUAUCUGCAUCUCCAGAAAAACUUGACUGAAGAAAAAUUACCUUGGAAAUAAAUUGGGUGUUGAUCCACAAUACUUUUUUUAAAAAAUGCCAUCUCUCUUUUGAGAGUCAGUGUUUCUCAAACAUUGACACUGAGGUGAAAACUGCACUCAAACCACUGUUUUGCUCAAGAGGGGCUAUACUGCUGCAACCAAGGUGCUUUCUGUACACAGCAGAGCAAGUUGGUGUUUCGGGAAUUGUAGUUCUUGAACAGCUCAAGGGCACAGUAUAUACAUUAUGUGAAUAUGUAUGUUCUGUUGCAAACUGCUGCAUUUUAUACAAACCCACACUAUGAAAAGAACCAGAAUUUGAGGUCUAGUAAAACAAAGUUCAAUACUGAUGGAUGUACAGUAUAAAUAUAUCUACAUAAUGGCUUCCUUGUCUGUUGCUAAAGUCGUCGUCCCCCUCUCAUUUUUGGAAAUUUAAUUCAACUCUGUCAAUGGAACUGGUUUUCCUUUGUCAUCUUUAAGAAAUGGAAAAGGAGGAUUGUUUGUGCUGGUAUGCAAAAAAAAAAAAAAAAAAAGACAAAAACCCAGGCAAGCUUUUUUUCCCCGUGGUAGAGGCUGCCUGCAAGUAGCCCUACACAUUGUAAAAAAGUGUUGCUUUUUGUAAUAAUAUACUUGAUUAGAAUCCCACUGGACCUUUUUGCAUUUUUGUGGUUCAUGUGCAGUACUUCUUUGUUGUGAACACUUUAAGCACAUGCACGCUCCAUGUGGCUUACUUUUCCUUUGUAAUUUCUCCCCAUUUUUAAAAAAAACAGCUUUGUUAUUCUCUUUUAAGAUAAUUUAAAACCUGUAUAGUAUCCAAAGCACGCCAUGUAAAUAUUUAUUACUCAAAAACUAGUGGAGGGUUCUUUUGUUUUUGGUGACUUUAAUUUUUUUUUAAAAAAAAUCUUGUUCUAAUACUUCAACUUUGAAAAGGAAAUUAGUGUAACAUGAUAAACCCCUCUGUGUUCCCUUACAGAAUGUUUGUUUGAAUGUUAUCAAUGUUUUUAAAAUUUGAUACCUUUUUAGUUUUGGAAAUGCCUGUCCAAAGAACGUGUGAAAUGUUUCAAAACUUUAAAUCUACUUACCUAUACACUGGUUUUCUUCCCCACUCUGUUCAGUACUUUUAUAGUUGACUGUGAUAUAAACUCUUGAGUGUGCAGAUUUACUAUAUUUCUAUAGCGGUAGUGGUGGUAGCAACUAUGUCACUAAACAUACACCAAUAUUCUUGCAUGGUAAUAACACGGUUGCAAAGUGAACUAAGGUUUGCAUAUAUUAGGGACAAGAGUCUAACUGUGCUUUUUGCAUAGCCAUACAGAAAUGCCAAUGAGGCCUAUGAUAAUUUCUACAAGCAAGUUGUAUAGAUUUCGAUUCCUCCAUCCCUUCUAAAUUUAAUGGCAUGGUAUUGUAACAGCAUGGCAGAAUUGUUAAUUUAGGAUGACUGUUCAAUUUACAGUUACACUCUUUCAUCACAACAGAUCUGACAGAGUUGCCUUGCUAAGCUUAUUCUUUACCACUAGAAUAUGAAGAGUUUCUUAGAUGUAGAGGUGCAUUACUGCAUGACUUGGGGAAUGGUGAUGUCAGCAUAUAUAGUUAGUGUUUUUGCUUUUUACUAGUGGUAUUCAGCAGCCUAAAGUCAUGCUUUGAAGUCCAUCUAAGGAAAUAUGAAAGGGGGCAGGGGGAACUGACAAUAGACCGAAUUUGCCCAGUGCAGAUUGGCUAAGGGAAGUAAUUUUGUUCUGGUAGGAAAAGUACACUGAGUCCACCAUAGCUUAAAAUGGCAACAUUCUUCUGUGAUUAAAAAAAAAAAACUGAUAGCCCCUAGCUGCACAUUUUAUGUUUGCUUAGACAGAGGGUAUGAACUAGCAACAUACACACAACCAGCUAACCACCACCUGAGGGCUAUCAGUCUGCCUGUGUAACAAGCAAACCCAUGCAGUGUCCUGAGAGCAAGCACCCCACCCAGGAAUCAAGUGUGAGGAGAAUGUUCUAUUCUGCAAAGCCACAAAUAGCAACUAGUGUGCAAGAGAAGCCCAUUCAAACAAAUCACUGCAAUGGGGAAAGAUGUGGUCCCCACAAAUCUGCUUGAUCAAUAUACAGUGAGUUGACUCAUUUUCUUUUUGCAAAGAAUUUUGAACCUCCUACUAGAAGUAUGAAAGUUAUCUUUCUCUUUAUUUUCAUGCUUUUAUAGAGCUUUUCCCCUCUUCAGCUGUUCACUGUAAUAGAAGUGUCACUUAUGUCACAGUAUUUAUUCCUUACAAAAUCUUGUGUGACAUGCUAGGGGUCCCAUGGAUGUAGCGCUGAUGAUUUUUAUUUUGUAAAUAUAAUUACUUUACUAUACAUAAAACUAUAUCGUAAUAAACUAUUUUUGCACCACUC